CCUUUGCCUUCUACUAAUUUAUUCACACCGCAAUCACUUCUUCAUUUUUGCUUCUGGCCUCUCCUUCCUCUUCCCCAAAAACCCUGAAUGUUCUUCCUUAACGCUGCUCAUCUGAUCGAUUAAAGGAAUCCAAUUUCUCAUACCCAAAUGAAUCUGAGUGAGAAGAGAAAUGUUGAUGGAGAUUGGAUUGCGACACUAUUGAGCUUAGAGUUCUUUGGGACAUGUGUGGAUCAUAUGCAUCUUCGAAAGAACGAGAAAAAUGUCUUUUGCAUUGACUGUAACAUCGAAAUCUGCAGACAUUGUUGUAACACAGAAGCUCACUCUGUCCAUCGUCGUCUUCAGAUCUGCAAAUAUGUUUAUCAAGAUGUUCUGCGUCUCCUCGAUAUUCAACACUACUUUGAUUGCUCCGAGAUACAGACAUAUAAAAUAAAUGGAGAAAAGGCAAUACAUUUGAAUUCGAGGCCGCAAGCAAAAGAUGCAAGACCUUCAACAAAGUCCAAGAAUGCAGCUUCAUGCGUUACUUGUAAAAGAUAUAUUCAAGAUCGUCCUAAUCGAUUUUGCUCCAUCUCAUGCAAGAUUUCAUCAGGCCCUCCGAAAAAACGUAAGUUUUGUUUCUCUUCAGAAGUGGAACAAAGUGUUUUGGAGAAAGAACAUUAUAAUCAAGAAGGAAGUUUAGAAGAGAAAAAAUCAUCCAUAUCGUCACUCACCGAUGUUUCAGAAGACUCGGAAGCUUUAUUGAGUAAUCUUUCACUGAGACCAUUCACGAGACUAUUCAAGAGAAAAGGAAUUUCCCAAAGAUCUCCUCUUCAUUGAUUUUUUUUUUCUUUGUUUUUCUGGAUUGUGUUCAAAGCUAUACAGUCUUUGCAUUUUCCAUUUGAAAAUGAUAUAAUAUUGGAUAUUA